UCGGGAAGAUCCAUCCCUCCCCUUGUGCUGUUGUGCGUAUAUACAAACGCAUCACCCGAUCCUUGGACCUCCCGUCCCGACCGUCCACCCCCCCUCGAAGUAAUCGACCGCGAAAGAAUCGAGCCGCCGAGGGGCGAGCGAGAGCAGCGUCGUCGGCGGCAUGGGUCUGCAGGAGGAGUUUGAGGAGCACGCCGAGAAGGCCAAGACCUUGCCUGAGUCUACCACGAAUGCGAACAAGCUGAUCCUCUACGGGCUCUACAAGCAGGCAACAGUUGGUGAUGUCAACACUGGGCGUCCUGGCAUCUUCAACAUGAAAGACAGAGCCAAAUGGGAUGCUUGGAAGGCUGUUGAAGGGAAAUCCAAGGAGGAAGCCAUGAGCGAUUACAUCACCAAGGUGAAGCAGCUGCUGGAGGAGGCUGGUGCAUCCACCUCCUAGGCUAUGGAAACACCAUCAUCCGUAGUGCUGCGUACAUAGUUAUGUUAUUAUGCAUGAAUAAGUAAUAAGAUUGUUAUCUGCCAGAUGGCGCUUAUGAUGUCAUCUGUACAUGUAACUGUUCGUCGUCAUUGAUGUUCAGCGUCGUUUAUAAGGCUGUAAAACUCUUGUGAAAACACAUGGAUGCUACCUCAGCUCAUCACUGUAUGGAUCUUCAUCUCUGUUAAACUGGCAGCCACAUUUGCAGCCAUGUUUCUGCAGGAACCAUUGAAUAAUCUGCUGCACAAGUUCAGGAUGUGGUCCUCUUCACA